AUGGAGAGCGAUGUGAUUGGGCGCCAGACUGAACCACACUAUACUAAGGGGCGCCAGACUGAACCAGACUAUACUAAGGAGCGCCAGACUGAACCACACUAUACUAAGGAGCGCCAGACUGAAUCAGACUAUACUAAGGGGUGCCAGACUGAACCAGACUAUACUAAGGGGCGCCAGACUGAAUCAGACUAUACUAAGGGGCGCCAGACUGAAUCAGACUAUACUAAGGGGCGCCAGACUGAACCAGACUAUACUAAUGGGCGCCAGACUGAACCAGACUAUACUAAGGAGCGCCAGACUGAACCAGACUAUACUAAGGAGCGCCAGACUGAACUACAAUAUACUAAGGGGCGUCAGACUGAACCACAAUAUACUAAGGGGCGCCAGACUGAACCAGACUAUACUAAGGAGCGCCAGACUGAAUCAGACUUUUGGCCUACUAAGGGGCUCCAGACUGAACCACACUAUACUAAGGGGCGCCAGACUGAAUCAGACUAUACUAAGGGGCGCCAGACUGAACCAGACUAUACUAAUGGGCGCCAGACUGAACCAGACUAUACUAAUGGGCGCCAGACUGAACCAGACUAUACUAAGGAGCGCCAGACUGAAUCAGACUAUACUAAGGAGCGCCAGACUGAACUACAAUAUACUAAGGGGCGUCAGACUGAACCACAAUAUACUAAGGGGCGCCAGACUGAACCAGACUAUACUAAGGAGCGCCAGACUGAAUCAGACUUUUGGCCUACUAAGGGGCUCCAGACUGAACCACACUAUACUAAGGGGCGCCAGACUGAAUCAGACUAUACUAAGGGGCGCCAGACUGAACCAGACUAUACUAAUGGGCGCCAGACUGAACCAGACUAUACUAAUGGGCGCCAGACUGAACCAGACUAUACUAAGGAGCGCCAGACUGAAUCAGACUAUACUAAGGGGCGCCAGACUGAAUCAGACUAUACUAAGGAUCGCCAGACUGAACCACACUAUACUAAGGAGCGCCAGACUGAAUCAGACUUUUGGCCUACUAAGGGGCUCCAGACUGAACCACACUAUACUAAGGGGCGCCAGACUGAACCACACUAUACUAAGGGGCGCCAGACUGAACCAGACUAUACUAAGGAUCGCCAGACUGAACCACACUAUACUAAGGAGCGCCAGACUGAAUCAGACUUUUGGCCUACUAAGGGGCUCCAGACUGAACCACACUAUACUAAGGGGCGCCAGACUGAAUCAGACUAUACUAAGGGGCGCCAGACUGAACCAGACUAUACUAAUGGGCGCCAGACUGAACCAGACUAUACUAAUGGGCGCCAGACUGAACCAGACUAUACUAAGGAGCGCCAGACUGAAUCAGACUAUACUAAGGGGCGCCAGACUGAAUCAGAAUAUACUAAGGAGCGCCAGACUGAAUCAGACUAUACUAAGGGGCGCCAGACUGAACCAGACUAUACUAAGGGGCGCCAGACUGAACCACAUUAUACUGAGGGGCGCCAGACUGAACCACACUAUACUAAGGGGCGCCAGACUGAACCACACUAUACUAAGGGGCGCCAGACUGAACCAUACUAUACUAAGGGGCGCCAGACUGAAUCAGACUAUACUAAGGGGCGCCAGACUGAACCAGACUAUACUAAGGGGCGCCAGACUGAACCAGACUAUACUAAGGGGCGCCAGACUGAACCAGACUAUACUAAGAGGCGCCAGACUGAAUCAGACUAUACUAAGGAGCGCCAGACUGAAUCAGACUAUACUAAGGAGCGCCAGACUGAAUCAGACUAUACUGAGGGCGAACUUGGGUAUUUUAGGCAUCGUCCUUGA